AAGGCGAGUUUCGAACUUUUGAAGUAGCUCAAUUUUUUAAAAACCGAAUCAGCCUCCUGUCAAAGCACUAUUGCUGGAAAAUUUCAACUAUUUUAUGAUAAACAGAUUUUUGAAGUCUCGCGAACUUUUUGGGUUGACACAUUUAUGCAUCACUACUCUUCAUUUAUCAAAUUUCAUAAGCACGCUUGCUCAAAUAUCAUACUCGGUCUUUUUUGCUUACUCCCAACAAAGUAUUUAAUUAACUAGUUCAAAUUCUCUCGAGGAUAAAUUUAAAUCCAAUUUCAGAAAAGAGUGAUCCCUCACUUGCUUUGAUAAAAAGCGGGCCUGUUUUUACUUAUUUGCAUCUUCUUUUGAGCUAUGAAAUAAGCGUACCGCUGCUGCAUAUUUACCAUCUUUAAGUAGAAUUUAAAAUAUAAGUUUAUAUCGCCAACUCGGAGGCAAAUAUGUCAGCACAACCACGACAGUCUUUCUGUUUUCCAAGUUUGGAGUCUGUGGAAAAUGAGGUCACUGAGAUCCAGGCCCAAGUUGGUACUGGAAGUCUCUCUCGCCAUAACAGCAGCCGACACCAAAGAAAAAACCGCAGCAGUUUCAAGCAGGCCAAGAACAAGUCAAUGAAGUUCCUUCAGAAUCUGAGCAAGGGCAUGAAGGACGCCAUGGGCUUUGAGCACCGAUGGGAGUGGGGGGACGAGGAGAUGAUCUGGUGGCACAAGUUCGAACCCAGUCUCGCACACAUCCGCACCAAGAUCGAGAAGCGGGCACAGCCCUACUGGGGAAACCAAGCGGGCGUGAACUUAAUCGGAAGGGCGGAAUUCGUCGAGUUGUGCAGGGACAUCCUACGUGACAUAUUUGGACUGACUAAGCGGGAGAUGAUCGACAUCAAGUUCGACGAGGUGUUCGACACUCACCUGAGGAACCAGGACAAAGACUAUGGGGACAACUUGGACGUGCUCUGCUUCAUCAAGUGUCUCGUCGCCCCCUUCAGGGAGCCCUCUAACUUCUUCUACUGGUUCGCCCUCUGUGACACCAAUUGCAGUGGGGGACUGGACAACUUGGAGUUCAAACGACUCAUCGACCGGAAGUUCCCCAAGUCUACCGCCGGCUGUACUCCUGGAGUGAAGGCACUCGCAGAGCAGUUCUUCCCGCAGGGCCAGACAGACAAUGUGCUGGUGAACUGGUGGAAGGGAAUAGUGGGCGACAAGGAGGUCCGUAUAGAAGACUUUGUCAAGGCAUUCCCUCAGGACCUGCUGCAGGAGUGCACCUGCUACGACAUCAUGAUAGACGAGGGACUGUAGAGGCGGGGCGGUGGUUUUCGAGGAUAGAUGGGAGAAUGAGAGAAGUGAAUGUGUAAGACUUAUUGGAGGCUGGAUUUUUGAAAACUAACUCUUGGAAACUUAACAGAGAUAAACUGUUAAGGAGAUUUAACUAUUAAUGAUUAGACAAAAUAUAGACCAUUCGAAAAAAAAAAUUGUUUGUUUUGGCAAAAAGGGCUCUGGUUUAUUUACGGUGUUCGAGAAAAAGUUUUCCUCAAUCAAAGUUUAAGUAUUACUUACAAACCAUUAAUGAGUGUGCUAGAUAAAUAAUUAGACGUUUCAAAACAGAGACUGCUUUAAUCUUGUUCGAUGUUCAUUUCUUUAAUC